AUGCAUAGCUUCGGGUAUGACUCAGAUUGGGUCAAGGGCAAGGACAACUGCCUGAACAUUCAUCACUUCGGCAAGUCUUUACUUGGCGAAAUGAGCACGUCACCAUAUCUAAGCCAGGCAGAUACGGCAAUAGUGCUCAUCGGGCAUAGUAUGGGAGGCCUGGUUAUCAAGAAAGCCUACAUGCUCGCAAGGCAAGGUGCAGCGUACAAGGACUUGGCCGAACGCGUCCACACAAUCUGCUUUCUUGCGACGCCCCAUAGAGGUUCUGACUCGGCCAAGCUCCUGAACAACAUUCUGCACUUUGCUUAUUCGUCCCGUGCCUACGUUGCUGACCUUGAGCGAGGCUCCGGAGCUGUCCAGUCUAUCAAUGAUGAGUUUCGCAACUAUAGUGCUGACGUAAAUCUCUGGUCGUUCUACGAGACACAAAAGCUCAAAAUAGGGGUCCUUAGCACGCUCAUCGUUGAUCCGACUGCCACGCUAGGUUAUCGUGAAGAAAAGCAAAUACCGAUGAAUGCUGAUCACCGUUCAAUUUGCAAAUUUGAGACACCGACAGAUCCCAACUACGUAGUCAUUCGCAACGCGCUUGCGUCCAUGGUUCAAACUACCUCCAACCUAGUGCUGAGAUCGAAAGAGAGAACACGGCACAUGCAGAUCAAGGACCUGGAACAAUACCUACAGAUACCUGAGAAAUCAGCAGAUGACCUCGUCGCCAGCGAAGAUGCCCGUAUGGCGGGAACCUGCGAGUGGUUUUCAGCGAAAGAAAGCUACUUGAGAUGGAGUACCUUUGCUCUAGAAGCUCCAAGUGUGCUCUGGGUCACUGGAAAACCGGCGGCUGGCAAGUCUGUUCUCGCAGGCUAUGCAGUUGGUCAUUUACAAAACCUCAACGCAGACUGCAGCUAUUUUUUCUUCAUAUAA